CCCUCGACAGAGAGCAGCAAGACACAGCUUUCAAUGACAGGUGUUGAACAGUUUCGCCAGGAUAAAGUGAUUGUUUUGGACGAAUACGUUACUAUUUCCAACAGGCAGUUGUCUUACGAAUAGAAUAAACGUGUAAAGAAGGGAAUGGUGAAGAUGUCCUGAAGAACAGGAAGACAAUCAACUUGUUGACAACCAGUCAAGUGUUGGAACUAUGUGAAAACAGACAGAUCGCUCAAGGAACGACAAGGGGACAACAUUUCAUUUCCCACAAAUGUUGGACUUUCAAGACUGUGGUAUUACCAGCACUUUAGAUAGCUAGUUGUGAACUUCUGCAGCGCUUUCUGUCUUGAGUUUGAGAGGCAAUAUUUUCCUCUUAAAUCGACUGUCUCUCAGAUAGUAGCUAGCAAUGUUUCCUCUAGAUUCGACAUGGAACAUUUCCUUUGCAGGUUGCGGCUUCUUGGGGAUCUAUCAUAUCGGUGUAGCGAGCUGUCUACUGGAACAGUGUCCGUUUCUAGUCCACAAUGCCCGGCACAUAUACGGGGCAUCGGCUGGGGCGCUCACCGCCUCGGCGCUGGUCACCGGAGCGUGUUUAGGUGAGGCCGGUGCCAACAUCAUCGAUGUGGCCAAGGAUGCCCGGAAGCGUUUCCUGGGGCCUAUGCACCCUUCCUUCAACCUGGUGAAGAUCAUGCGUACCAUGCUGUAUAAAACCCUGCCACCCGAUGCCCACCACCGCGCCACGGGGAGGCUGGGCAUAUCACUGACCAGGGUCACCGACGGAGAGAACGUCUUGGUGUCUCACUUCAACAGCAAGGAGGAGCUGGUGCAGGCCUGUGUCUGUAGCGCCUAUAUCCCAGUGUACUGUGGACUGAUCCCUCCUACGCUGCAGGGCGUGCGUUAUGUGGAUGGGGGUAUCAGUGAUAAUCUGCCCCAGUAUGAGCUGAAGAACACCAUCACUGUGUCUCCAUUCUCUGGAGAGAGUGACAUCUGUCCUAGAGAUAGAUCCACCAACAUGCAUGAACUACGUUUCACCAACACCUCCAUCCAGUUUACACUCACCAACCUCUACAGAGUGUCCAGAGCUCUGUUCCCGCCCGAUCCACAGGUUAUGAAGACCAUGUGUAAACAGGGAUAUUAUGAUGCUCUCCACUUCCUAAAGAAGAAUGGACUGCUGAAUCACCCAGGACCCCACAGGCCUCUGAUAGCCGACGAUGAGGAUGAGGAAGAUGAUGUCAUGAGUGAUGAUGAUGAGGAAGAGGGGCAUCAUGUAGAGAACGAGGUCGGACCCAGCGCGGAUGGGGUAGUGGUAGACCCCUCCCAAUCCAAAUCCACCAUUGAGGAUCACAUCUUCGAGCACCUACCACCCAGACUACACAAAGCUCUGGUGGAAGCCUGCAAGGAGAGAUACAGUCUGGGCCAGUCGCUAAGCAACCUGCUGCCAGUCAGGAUGGUGACGACUAUGAUGCUUCCCUAUACCCUCCCCCUGGAGUCUGCUCUGUCCAUGACUGUUAGACUGUUAGAAUGGCUGCCUGAUGUGCAGGAGGAUGUGGGAUGGAUUGGAGAACAGAUGGUUAAGAUGCUACAGUGUGCUGUGACACGGGCCACCAAGUCUGUGUCCAACAGGGUCUCUGCAAAGUUUUCCUACCAGUUGGAGCUACAUCACUGCCAGUCCCUGCCUGCCCAGCUCCUCCCUGCCGGCCUGCUCCCUGGCUGGGUUAGUGGAGGCAGCUCCUCUGUCCUGGAUAUUAUCAGCCGUCUGGACCAAUACCAGAGGCAGCUGCUUCCGGGCUCCUUCUGUGUCAACCUGGACCUCCGGGGCUCCUUCUACACCGGGGGUCCCACAGGAGGGACCCCAGGCCCAGGAGGGUCCACCAGAGCUGGGGAAGGAGGGCCAAGACCAGCCCUGGCCCCUACAGCCCCCAUCGUAGACCCAGAGGAGGUGGAGGGGAUGGGGCUGAUGAUGAGGAGGCUCAGUGAAAACCACAACUCUACUGCAUCUCUUCCAGCCUCACUAUAGUAAUAUAAUGUAUUCCAUUUAGGAGACUCUGAGGGCCGCUGGGGAUGACGAUUAGUAUUACAGAGAUUCUAAAAACUAGCUCUUAAGACACCCAGGUAGGCACCUUCAAGGACAUUUACAUUUACGUCAUUUAGCAGACGCUCUUAUCCAGAGCGACUUACAGUUAGUGAGUGCAUACAUUAUU